AUGGAGAAGAGAACCAACGAGAAACGAGUGAUUCUCUUCCCUCUGCCACUACAGGGCUGCAUAAACCCGAUGCUUCAGCUUGCAACGAUCCUAUUCUCAAGAGGCUUCUCAAUCACCAUCAUCCACACGCGCUUCAACGCGCCCAAAUCUUCAGACCAUCCUCUCUUCACCUUCUUACAGAUGGCCGACGGAUUGUCCGAAACCCAGACACAGUCUCCGGAUCUGCUGCUUAAACUCACGCUUCUCAACGAGAACUGCGAGAAGCCACUACGAGAGUGUUUGGCUAAACUCCUCAAACCUGACUCAGAUUCAGAAACAGAGCAAGAGAAGAUCAGCUGUCUGAUCGAUGAUUCUGGGUGGACUUUCACACAAUCCGUGGCGGAGAGUUUUAAUCUUCCGAGAUUCGUCCUCUGUGCAUAUAAAUUCACAUUCUUUCUCGGACAUCUGCUUGUUCCUCAGCUUCGCCGUCACGGGUUUCUUCCUUUUCCAGAUUCGGAAGCAGAGGAUCUAGUUCCGGAGUUUCCACCGCUUCGAAAGAAAGAUCUAUCCCGAAUCAUGGGAACCAGCAGUCAGAUGGAGAUGCUGGAUUCUUACUUGGUUAAGAUACUGGAAUCGACGAAGCCAGCUUCAGGGAUCAUAGUCAUGUCCUGCCAAGAGCUUGACCAAGAUUCACUCGCCGAGUCCCAUAAAGUCUUCAACUUUCCGAUAUUCCCCAUAGGCCCAUCACACAUCCAUGACGUCCCAGCCUCGUCUAGCAGCUUGUUCGAACCGGACCAAAGCUGCAUUCCGUGGCUAGAUAACCAGGAGACGAAAUCGGUUAUCUAUGUGAGCUUAGGGAGCAUUGUGACAAUGAGCGAGUCUGAAUUCUUGGAGAUUGCUUUUGGACUACGCAACACUGACCUAGCUUUCUUGUGGGUUGUCCGGCCUGGUUCGGUCCAGGGAAGAGAUUGGAUCGAAUCGUUACCGGUCGGGUUCAUGGAGAGUCUUGACGGAAAGGGAAAGAUAGUGAAAUGGGCACCGCAGCUAGAUGUUCUUGCUCAUAGAGCCACGGGAGGGUUCUUGACUCACAAUGGAUGGAACUCGACGUUAGAGAGUAUAUGUGAAGGUGUUCCUAUGAUCAGUUUGCCUUUUGUGUGGGACCAAAUGCUAAACGCUAGAUUCAUCAGUGAAGUGUGGAGGAUCGGGAUUCACUUGGAAGGUCGGAUAGAGAGAAGGGAGAUUGAGAGAGCCGUGAGAAGAGUAAUGGUUGAUUCGGAAGGAGAAGAGAUUCAAGCGAGGAUCAAAGUGUUGCAAGAUGAAGUUAGAAGAUCGGUUAAACGAGGCGGCUCGUCGUCUCGAUCUCUAGAUGAUCUUGUUAAUCGUAUUCUAUCAUUCUAG